CAAGGGUCCUCUUUCUUCUGUCCUUCCUGAAUGUAACCAUCAUUUCUGCCAUUCUCUUUCCUCCUCUCCAGCCAAGGACCAGGAUGGUGCGGAUGACAAGAAGCUGGUGCAGAAGAAGAAAGUGAGGGAGCUUAAGGUCAUUGACUCCAAAAGUUCACAGAACCUGUCCAUUUUCCUCGGAUCGUUUCGUCUCCCUUAUGAAGAGAUCAAGAACGCCGUCUUGGAGGUUAAUGAGAAGAUCCUAAAAGAGUCAAUGGUUCAGAACCUGAUCAAACAGCUACCAGCACCAGAGCAGCUGAGUGUCCUGGGAGAGAUGAAGGACGAAUAUGAGGAUCUGGCUGAGGCUGAGCAGUUUGGAGUAGUGAUGUCCAGCGUGAAGAAGUUGAUGCCACGGCUUCAGGCCAUCUUGUUUAAGCUGCAGUUUGAGGAGCAGCUGAACAACAUCAAGCCAGAUAUAGUGUCCGUGACAGCAGCCUGUGAAGAGCUCAGGAAGAGCCAGACCUUCUCUAAGCUGCUAGAGAUCAUCCUGCUUGUAGGGAACUACAUGAAUUCCGGCUCCCGCAAUGGAAAGGCGUUCGGCUUCUCCAUAUCGUACCUAUGCAAGCUGCGUGACACCAAAUCAGCUGAUCUGAAGCAGACACUGCUCCAUUUCCUCGCUGAUGUGUGCCAGGAACAGUAUCCUGAUGUCAUGGGCUUUGCAGACGAGCUCAUCCAUGUGGAAAAAGCCAGCAGAGUUUCUGCAGAGACACUUCAGAAGAACCUGGAGAUGAUGGGCCGUCAGAUGAAGAGCCUGGAAAAAGAUUUGGAAACAUUUCCUCCUCCACAAAGUGACAAGGACCUGUUUGUGGAGAAGAUGUCCAGUUUUGUUGGGAGCGCCUCUGAACAGUAUGAGAAGCUGGAUCUGCUGCAUAAAAAUAUGGACAAGCAAUUUAAUGACCUGGGAGAAUACUAUGUCUUUGACCCGAAAAAAAUCUCUGUGGAGGAGUUCUUUGGCGACCUCAACACCUUUAAAAAUAUGUUCCAGCAAGCAGUGAAGGAGAAUCAGAAAAGGAAGGAGGCUGAAGAGAAGAUCAAGAGGGCCAAGCUCGCCAGGGAAAAGGACGAGAAGGAAAAGGAGGAGAAACUUAAGAAGAACCAGCUGCUUGACAUCAAUGCAGAGGGUGAUGAAACUGGUAUCAUGGAUGGCCUGUUGGAGGCGCUGCAGUCGGGAGCUGCUUUCAGAAGGAAGAGAGGACCUCGACAAGCAGCCAACCACCGACGAGCUGGUCAUGCAGUGACCAACAUUCUGGCCAAAGAGCUGAUGCAGGAAGAGUCACCCCAAUCCAGCAAAGUGCCCGCCAAGAAGAAGACGACAGAGGAAAGUGAGGAGCCUAAACUAGAAGGAGCAGAGUCAUUAGAGGAGUUACUUGAGACUGCUCCUACGCGGUCCAAUUAAGUUUUUAUUUUUUCUACUCCGAGUCGGUGAUAUCACAACUCGGAUGUAUUCUGUAGUCAUUCCAAUGGACAUUAUCAAUCUGAGAUUAUCCUCCUGCAAAAAGGUCCUUGUUUCUUUCAUGCUUGUCUUGGCAGGACCUUCUUUCAGUGUAGCGGUGAUGGUGUCUUCUAGGACAACAAGAAGUGGUGGAGGAUGUCACCACAGCCUUAAACCCUUAGUUGUCCUUGUCUCGUCAAUCUUUGGAUCUUUGCCAGUUUCAUAAAGAUUGAAUUCCUUUCUUCAGCAUGUGCACAUAUCUGUUAUUGUCUUUCUCUUUGUGAAUUCUUGACUUGUGUCACCUGUCAUUCAUAAAGGGCAUCUUUAGCAAUUCCAAAGAUUAACUCAGGAGGCAGCCACACUUGUUUGCGUUCAUUUCCCACAUGUAGACUCAGUGUCCUAAAUUUGGCACAUCCUGCAGGUGCUGCAGAGUUUUCUCUGGAUGUUCCAGCCAAGCCCACUUAACAGUUUUUCAUAUCGUUUUUUUAACCUGUAAAUCGUAUUAUUUUGUACGAUAUGCUGUAUGUUUAUGUUGCUGUUUGUAAAUGUGAAUAUUUUUUCUGCAUCAUUGAAAAAGUGCCAACUAUUAGAAAUCCAGUCUUGUCCUUUCGCGCACAUAUUUGUCCAGUCACAGUUUGCACUGGAACGAUGUGUGGACCAGUCUUACCAGUCAACACCUGGGUGUUCAUUUGAUAAUUUUUUUUUAUGUGAGAAGGGAUUGUUUUCACUGGUGUGCAUGCUUAUGAUUCUAUAAAAAGGGGAGUGGUAUACACAAACUUGUCAAAGCUAUCUUACCACACAUGCCCACAACAGUUACAGUAUAUGAAGAAAACCUGCUAAUACAUAUGAGCAUUCCCAUGAACCAGAAGAAGUGAGAGUAAGAUGGAGGGAGGAGGUUCUUCUGCAGUUGAACACGUCAGUUAAACCAAAAAGAAAAGCUUCUUAAAAGGGUGUUUCCACACAACCUAGCCUGAGCAGUUCACAUGCCUGUGUUCAUGUGCAUGAGAAUAUCUGAGUGUGUGAAGUAAGUUGACUAUAUUUAGUAUUUGUAUGUGCGCUGCACUUCCUGCAUGUGUGUGUGUUAGUCCAUGUAGGUCUGAGUGUGUGCGUGCGUGAUGCCAUCUGUAAUUACUGAACGGUACCGACCGUGCUGUCAUAAAUGCUAGGUUUCAUAAACAGUUUUGUGGUCUUUCUGCUGAGGUUAAAGCACACUGGAAAACUGCCCCCAAACUGCUGAGACAAGUACAUGUGUGUGUUCAGUUGUCUGUGUUUUUGUGUGUUUGUGUGUGUUGUUCGCCCACUUUCCCUCCCACUGAACUGCAACAGUAGUUGCUGAAUGUCUGGCCUUGCUCUUAUUUGUAUUCAGAAGCCAUCAGUAGACAUGUUGCCAUGAUGUUGUGGUGUAAUGUCUGACAGGAAUCCUGCGAGAUGAUGUCAGCUGCUCCAUGCAAUAUUUAUUCCUAUGCAAACACAAUACUGUAGCCAGCCUCAGGAUGUAAAAGUGUAAACCUCAGUGCUCUUAAUGAACACGCUGAUUCUAGAUCAGUGCUUCUUACUUCUGGCGAUUGAGGAAAAUGUGGAUCUAAAAUGUCCACAUUUCAGGAUUCACCGACUUUUGUUAACAACGGUAGCAUCUAUAUGAAGUCACUUAUAAAAUGUAAAUGUCUUUUGAGCUGGAGAUACGGCAAAAAAAACGAAGAGGUCUUUCAGUUACAGCAGAUGUAGAAAUCAUUUUUUCUGAUCGAGUGUAUGAGAUCCCUUUGAGUCCAGUAACACUGCAUAUAAUCGGACACACACCUGCUUCUUUGAUAUGUCUGCCAUAAACUCACGGUGGACAGUGCAAGGUGAUCUGUACCAGCAGAUACAAACAUGUGGCUGUUUUUCAAGUUCAUGAGAAAUAUUUAAAAAAGAAAAGGAUAUCAGAAUACCACUGGAAUAUUUGUCUUUUUCUUAUUUCAGUCAUUCCUUUUUUCCAUUUAAUUUUUUAAGAGAUUGUUUUCUAUUUGAAUUUUUACAGUUGAUUAUUUUAAUGUAUUUGAGUGGAGACAAGACUUCUGUUUCUUUCCAGAGAUUGCUCUAUAUAUCCAUAACAUGCACAUAGUCAUUGGGUUUGCUGCCACAAAGAACUAUUAAAAAUGUCUUAAGUCA